UUUUUUAGUGUAUUCUCGACACACGCCGCUUUAAGUUGUUUUCAAUCAGCAAUAAAUUUGCGAAUUGUUAUCCGCGACAAAAUAAAAGUAUUUAAUCAGAUUUGAGUUGGUCUAGAGGCCACGAAGACGGCAUGCUGUUGGGCGAAUACGACACAACCCGGCGACUCCUGUUUAUCGUGGCCGUUCUGCUGAUCGUCCUGUAUGCGAAAACGUACCUGUUACCCGGAGUGGAUCUGGACUACAACUAG